AUGACUGAAGCAAAGAUGCCGCUCAUGCUCGAGAACGGCAUGAAUGGUGCUAUGCAGGUUGACCAGCUCGACGUCGAUGACCUAUUCGGCGAUGGCGUCGGCCUCUCUCUUCAAGCCGCUCGCCCGCCUACAAAGCAGCUGCGCCAGAGGAUAGAUGAGCUGCGAACACGUGGUUGUUGCCAGGGAGUAGCAUGGUCAAGAUCAGGAGCGAUCGCCUCCGUUUCUCCGGAUGGAAGACACCUGGAAACGAGGUUUCUUCGUUCUCACCCCGAUGAUGGCGAUUGGGGUCUCAGUGAGCCAACAAAGAUCGAGCUUAUUAGCACGAAUCCAUCUAGCCCUAUAGUCCACCUUGCCUGGGCUUCGACUGCUAGUCCUGAGCUUGCCGUUAUCGAUGCGGCCGGCAGGGUAUCCAUACUAACUUACUCAAUCAACCUUAAUCGGCCUUUCGCGACGCGAAAGUGGGAUCAUGAGCCGGGUGACGAUCUUCAAGCCGUUGUUGGUUGCUACUGGCUAUCACUGGCCCCCCAAAGUAAACAGUAUUAUGUUUGCCAUGGGCCAGCUGUAAAGGAUGGCAAUUCAUAUCGUUACGAGAGCUCCUUUGUUCAUGCUUACGGCCCUUGGCAUCCCAACCCAUCCAAAAGUGCUCUGCUCUGCGUGACGGCAAGUGGUAAUUUAAAGAUGUUCUGGGCCCAGAACAACAACAAGAUUGAGGAGACUAGCCUAGAACUUGAGAGUAUUAACUCAUCUGAUGAUUUGAUCACACAUGCCGCACUUCAUAGCGACAAAAGUUCCCUAUGGGUUGUCCUGGCUACUGCGUCUAAGCAGCUAAAGGUUGUACGAGUUGGCAUACACUGGGGCCUACCACAGUCUCAAUCCGACAACAAGCCUCCACCAGGAAGCCAAUCUCUGAACCCAACUAUGCAAGAAAAGCACGUUGCAAUCUCCAGCUGGCUGCCUAACGGGCCGACCGUAUCACCAACCGACUCUGCCAUGACCCAGAUAAGUCAUCUUGAGAUCCUGCCAUCGACCAUGGAUCUUACGGGCCAGGGAUGGGCACCGCUCGUCAUACUUGCUGUACGCACAUAUUUACCAACACCGAAUACCCCCUACCAAGAAACGCAAAGUAUUAUCGAUAAGUGGGAAGUUAUCAACGAUCAGCCCCAAAGCCUUCAUCCCGCAUUUGAGCAGCUAGGAAGUCGAAGGAACAGCACAGGUUCAGCCCCAACACCCACAUCCCGCCUCAAGAAAUAUGACCCUGUUGUUAUCAACAAGAUAAUCAUUGGGGUUCAGACCCUCCAGUACGGCAGAGUAAUCUGCCUAGCCUUCAGCGACGGCUCAGUAGAAUACCGCGACAGGUUCACAAUGCAAGAGAUAUACAACGAUAUAAAUCUUGAUAGAGUUAUGACCCUUAACCAAGUGGGCUUCACCUUCCAGGAUGAUUCUCCAUGCUUGCAAAUGGCUUUUUCUCCUACCAACUGUUCCCUGGUCAAAAUACUAGACAGUGGUAAAGUCAAAUGGAGUAAACUGCACUACCCCUUGGGUGACAUCGGCAACUCUAAUCAAGAUGCGCAAUAUUCUGCAGUGCUGGCAGGUCUCACCGUCGCCGCAUCAACAGCAGCAUUUAACAAUAUCAAUCACGAUGAUAUUUUGGCUGUUGCCCGGCCUUAUGCAGACAAGAAGCGAUUUACAUUUGACUGGAUCAAUGAGAUUGUCCGUAUGCUUAAGAUCCCGGUGGACUAUUCCGAGGAUACUCACCACGACAGUCUCGUGAGGAACAGCUCACUUCAGAUGUGCCUAAGUAUCCUCAACCACCUCGGAUACAAGGGCAUGUUCCAACCGCGGUCUUUCGGCGGCAAAUUUGCUAUGCUGGCCCUCAAUGCCCGCAACGUCGUCAUCCUAAUCACGAUUGCCAGUAACACCCCGGUCAACAUCCGCGAGAAGCUUAGUCCUCUGGAUGAGCACGAGGUGGUUGAUGCUCUCUCGGGCUGCGCAAAAUGGUCUCUUGAUCUGCUCUCUUGGCUCACCGACUCUCUUUUUGCCCUUCUUGAUGACGAGCAGUUCCUCGCCCACCUCACUCCGCAGCGCUUCUCUGAAAUGAGCGCUUAUCUGCAGUCCCGCUCCGAUGUGUCGCUUCAUCUUCUCCUCUGCUCCUCCACACGCGGCUUCCUCUCGGCUGUCUGCCGUCGUAUCCUUCACCUCGAAAUCCUCUCUAAUCGUGCCAUUGAGUUCUACGAACGCCGUGCCGCGAUUGCGAACGCCAACGACCCGUCCGCCCCGACCCCAAAGGGCCUACAUACCGUUCUUUACAAGGCGUAUCAGAAGAUGCAACGCGUCACCUCGAGCAGUCUCGUCAAGGUACAGGAGUUUGACCGUCUCUUGACUGUCCUCAACAACGAUAUCCGGUCCGCCUACCAGACAUCCCUCGCGUCACUGGCAAACAAGAACCCCACUGGGGCUCAGAUGACCGGCAAAGCCGUCGAUGCGCAGAUUAAAAAUGCCCAGAUUCAUUGCGAGCUCAACAUGCUCCUCGCGUCGUCGCCUCCGGCAGCCUUCUUCAAUGUCCUUUCGAAAUUCUUCAAUGCGGACCUCAAGAGCUACCGCGCCCAAGCUGACCCUUCCAAACUCUUUUUCGCCGAUUUCGAUCUCCUCGAAAUCGAUGACGACCGCCGGUCGCUUGCGGCGCGGAAGGCUCGCGGGAAAUAUGUCGACGUGUUUAAACGUGUCGAGCUCGUCGGGCCGCCAGUCAAAAGUGCAAAGGAGGCAGAGGAGGCCAAGGCGCCACAAUGGAGACGUUGUGUGCGUUGCUCGGCUGUCAUGGAGGAUGUUUCUGGCUCCAGACCGGGCUUUACAUUCGUCCUGGCACAGCAACGGAAGUGCUCAUGCGGUGGUCACUGGGCGUUGCUUCCACGAGGGGCUUUGGUAAGCUGA